AAUUUACUCCGCCAUAUAUUUCGGUAAAUACUAACACUCAUUUUUAACCACAGUAUAGAUACACAUUCAAUGCACAUCUACAGCCUCUUAUUAUAAGAAACGAAAUAAUGACAACACUAUCCCCCCUAACCCGCCGUCUCUACAAACUCCCCCCCCCCAAUCCCCCAUCCUCAUCAUCCCAUACCACACUCCCCUCCUUCCUCGCCCACGCCUCACGCACCUCCCUCCCUCCCACAAGCACAACCUACAUCGGCACCCACUACGAAUACACCAUCCAAUCCACCCUCCGCUCCUCCGCGCUCCUCCUCCACCGCACCGGCGGCCGCUCCGACGCCGGCACAGACCUCGUCGGAACCUGGCACCUCCCCGCACACGAACACCCGCCGCGGGUGCUCGUACAAUGCAAAGCGCUGAAGGCGAAGCUCGGGCCUAACAUUGUUCGUGAACUCGAGGGCACGUUCGCGUCGGCGCCGGUGGGGUGGCGCGGGACAGGCGUCAUCGGGAUGCUGGUUAGUCCGAGGGAGGCGACGAGGGGCGUACGGGAAGCGCUGACUAGGAGUCGGUUUCCGUUGGUUUGGUGUCUUGUUGGCUUGGAGGGGAGGGUUAGGCAGGUACUUUGGAAUGAGAGGGUCGAGGGGGUUGUCGGGGAUGGGUUGGGGGUUGGGGUUGUUUAUCGUGCUGAUGCUGGUGAGCAGGAUGCGGAGGCGAGGGUGACGUGGGAUGGGGAGGAUGUUCCGGGGGUGGAUGCGGUGGUGGAGAGGAUGGAGGUUAUGCAGAGGAGGUGGUUUGAGUUGUGGGGUGUUGGGGAAGAGAGGUGGGAGGAGGUGCUGGGGGUUGUGGAACGGUUGUUUCCGUUUGAGAAGCCGUUGUUGUAUGCUAGAGAUGGGAGGGUGAGUGGGUUGAGUGAGGAGGAGAGGGAGGCUGUGAGAGAGGAGUUGAGGAGAUGUCAGUCUACUACAUGAGUAUAGAGCAUAGUUUAAUGUAUAGAAUGUAAUAGUAGUUAUAAUAUUGUCAUAUCAAGCCAGGGUAUAUCCGUAAACGCCGUCCAAACUGUCCAUCUCACCAAGCACAUCUAUCCCUGCAUCGUCGACCAAAAGUAGUUCGAGUAGAAGAACCGUGAGAACUUCGGGUC